AUGAGAGAGGAUUCCUGGCGAAAGAAACGAUCUGCUGCGGAGGAAUUUGGGGAUGCGGGUGAUGAAGGGGGUCAUGCGAGUAAGAAGUUGCAUCUACAGUUUGGAGAUUUGUCUUUAGGAACGGGAGAUGAAGGAGGAAAGGCUAAUGUCCCACCUCCGCCUUCAAACCCAGAGCCUGCCAACCUUGAUAUCAAUGAUGACGACGUCCCCAUGCCCCAGUCGACCUCCUACGAGAAAGACGCAUACACAACCGUGAUCACCUCGCUCGAAGACGACAUCGUCGACUCGCCUCCUUCCACGCCGAAAGUCACUGUCAUCGGUAACUUCUCGGCCGCGGCACCUAUCCCGCCACGGCUGCUCAAGACUAUUGCUUUACCCGAGCCCAGUGAUGCCAAUAGUUUGGUUGUGUGGAGGCCGCCGGUUGUGGAGGAAUUUGUGAACAAACAGGCGGGGGCAGCAACUGAGGCCCGAGAAAAAGUGCUGGAGGAGGUGGGUGUGGACGGGAACGAUACGGAGCUGGAUAUGGCGGAUGACGAGUACGAUGGGUACGAUGAAGAUGCUAUGGACACUGAGUGA